CGCGAGGCCAGUUCCAGCUUGACCAUGCCCAUCCCGCUGCUCGGCGGAUCGCUCUACUACGUGGCGUACGACGCACCCGUGGCCACUUCGCCCGACGUCCUCUACCUCUACGCCGACUACCGCUACAUUGCGUACUUUGAAGACUUUGGUCCGUUCCACUUGGGCACGACGAUGCAGUUCUGCGACGACCUAUCGAAGCUCCUCGCCCAAGCCAAGCGCGAGAAGAAGGUCGUGCACGUCUGCACGCGCCAUGGCCUCGAAGAGCAAGCCAACACGGUCUGCCUCGUGGGUUGCUACGCUGUACUGUGCGCUGGCAUGACCCCAGCCGACGCCCUACGCCCAUUCCGCGACAUGCAGCUCGCCUAUUUUCACGACGCCACCGACGACGAGUGUUUGUUCGAGCUCUCCGUGUUCAAUGUGGUCGAAGGGUUCGCCAAGGCGCUGUCACUCGAGUACGUCGUCCGCGAUCAAUUUCGUGUGGCCGACUAUGUACACCACGAACAAGUCGAGCAUGGCAACUGGAACUGGGUCACGCCGCGCCUCUUGGCGUUUGCUGGUCCGUCGGCGACAACCCACCCGCCGUCUUUUUUUGUGCCGCAUUUUCGACGCCACAACAUCACGCUUGUCGUGGGCUUGAACGAGCGUUCGUACGACGCCAACGACUUUGUCAAAAUGGGCAUUGAGCACGUCGACUUGAGCUUUCCCGAUGGCAGCAACCCGUCCGAUACGCUCUUGCGCGCCUUCUUUGAGGCCUGCGACGCGACACCUGGGGCGAUCGCAGUGCAUUGCAAAGCCGGACUGGGCCGCACGGGCACGUGUAUUGCUGCCUACCUCAUGCAGCGCGACGGGUUCUCGGCCAAGCAAGCCAUUGGCUGGUUGCGACUAUGCCGCCCGGGUAGCGUCAUUGGUCCGCAACAAGACUUUCUCGUUGCCAGCGAAGAAACCAAGUGGGUGUCGAUGCUGCCACACGCUGCCGAGCCACGUGCCAAGCUGCCAAGCGCCGCGUGGAACCAAGGCGCGCAGCUGUUACUGCAGCGCAAGCGCAAGCACUGUUCAACACGAGAGACGAAUGCGGGCAAUGUGCGCCUCAAAACGUAG